UCCUGUUUACGUGUACGAAUGUAAGACAGACUGAGCCUCUGCAGCAGCGCUUCAUUACAGCAGCUACUGCCUGCUUAAUUAGGAUUUACAGACCCUAACCUUAAUCGUACCAGACAGAGUUUUAUAUACACUGCACUUUGGAAAACUAUUACCACUAAGCCAUUAAACUCUUAGUGUCAGAGAAGAUGUCUUUUCCCGCUUUAAAGCUGAGCCGCUACAUGCUCCUAAAUGUAAGUUAAUCUCACAGUUCAACGUGUUGUACCCUGAAGUCGUGAAGGGGAAUUUAUGGGAGUAUCUGCACACUGGAUUAAAGCUUAUAAUUUUCUCUCAAAUGAAAGGACAUUAGGUUUUGCCUCACAAGAGCUUUAGUGUAGUGUUCAGUCACUCUGUUUUCACUUGUUUUCCUCCUGCUGGACUAUGAAUGGACAUGACGCACAUGCAGCUUCAUACAGCUAGUUGAUAAAUUAGUCAAAUAUAUGUCAAUAUAUUGAUAACUUUUUCUAGAUCAGCCCGACAAGGUUUGACUUUGGCUAGAAGCAGAAGCCGAAAGAAGCUAGCCUUGGCCACUGAGCUGAUCUGCUUGACUAAUUUAAACGCCCCAUCAGCAAUAACACCAAGAUUCCUAGCCUGCGAUUACGAGUGGCGGCCUCUUCAGUGGCUCCGUCUAUGUCAGAGUUUAACUGUUUUUAGAUUUUUUCUACUUUUUCUACACACAGCUGUGUAUUACUAUACAUCCCAUGGAUAUGGAACACUUUCAGAGGUAAAGUAUUGUACAGCAAGAUUUUCAGAGUAUAUACUAACCUUUAAUGUUACAAUCCAUCCAUCCUCUAUACACCGCUUUAUCCUCACCAGGGUCACGGGGGGUGCUGGAGUCUAUCCCAGCUGACUCGGGCGAAGGCAGGGGACACCCUGGACAGGUCACCAGUCUGUCACAGGGCUACAUAUACAGACAUACACUCACAUUCACACCUACGGGCAAUUUAGAGUAACCAAUUAACCUCAGCAUAUUAUUGGACUGUGGGAGGAAGCCGGAGUAUCCGGAGAAAACCCACGCAUGCACAGGGAGAACAUGCAAACUCCAUGCAGAAAGAUCCCAGGCCCAGGCCGGGAUUUGAACAGGGGAUGUUCUUACUGCAAGGCGAAAGUGCUAACCACUACAUCACUGUGCAGCCCCUUAAUGUUAGUAGCCUGUCUUUUUGUUAUUUUAUGUUGUAUGUAAACUGCUAUCUAUCUAUCUAUCCAUCUAAGGUUCUAGGAGCACAGAGGAGAAGAGUCUGGCUUUUAUCAUUGUGUCAGUCCUGACCUGCUUUCGUUCAUGCUCUCUGUUCCUACAUCAUUUUGUCAGUGGCAGGAAGCCUUUAUAUCUACUUUAUGUUGCUAACCAAACACUAAACAACCAACAAAAUUAGUAGCUAACUGGUGAACACAGAGACACAUUGGCAGAUUAAGGUUUAGACACCAAACAGAAGGACCAGAAAACCAGAAACAUGACCACAAAUGAUGGCCAUCGUUGCUCCAUGUAUGGCGGCUGAUACAUCAAACAGGAAAUGGUUUGCUUGUGGGUACAGCAGCACAACAACAGCAGUGUCUUCUCUGCUUCCUGACACCCUCAGGUUGUGUGCCCAUGAGGUCGUCUACGCUGGUCCUGUUCCUCCUGUUCAGCGCCCGGGCGGUGGCCACCAUCAGAGGGGAGCAGAAGGAUCCUGGCAACAACCCCAACUCCAUCCCCAACGUGGACCCCAAGCUCUUCACCAAGCGCAACUACCUCUCGCCCAGGGUGCUCUUCAGCUCCCAGCCCCCCGAUGCAGAGCCGGACGGGUCUCAGGGCGGCGGCAGAAGGACCCGCAGGCGAGCGGGGCAGCCUCAGCACCGCGGGGUGUACUCGGUGUGCGAGAGCGUCAGCGUCUGGGUGGGCAACAAGACCAAGGCGACGGACAUCAAGGGCAACGAGGUGACGGUGCUGCCGGACGUGAACAUCAACAACGUCAACAAGAAGCAGUACUUCUUCGAGACGACGUGUCACAGCGCUCAGUCGGGCAGCUCGAGCUGUUUAGGGAUCGACGCGAGACACUGGAACUCCUACUGUACCAACUCGCACACUUUCGUACGAGCGCUGACUUCGUUCGAGAACCUGGUGGCGUGGAGGCUCAUACGCAUCAACGUGGCCUGCGUGUGCGUGCUCAGCCGCAAGUCAUGGCGGCAGUGAGGACUUCAUCUGCACUCAGAUACAGAACACACACAGACAUACUCAUGCUAACAUGCAGACAGCUGUGACUUUGUCUGCAUGACUUAUCACCAAAGACUUCUCACUCUCUGCACAAAGUAAAUUAUUGGUAUAUGUCAAAGUAUCAGGACUGCAUGUAUACACACCAGACCUGGGUCAAAGAGUAUCUGCAGCUGGGGUGUUUGUGGUUAACCCUCCUGUUGUCCUCAUUUACGGGCACCAAAAAAAUAUUGCUUCCUUGCCUGAAAAAAAUCCAAAAAUUCAGCAAAAAGAAAAAUUCUACAAAACUCUAAAAAUUUGCAAAACCUUCAGGAAGAAAAUUCCAAUAACUCCUUAAAAGUUUCCCUUGAAAGUUUUAUUUUAGAAAUCCCCCAAAAUUGGCAAGAAAAUUCUUGUGAAUAUUUUCAAAAAAAUAAGUGAAAAUCUUCCCAAAAAAAUCCUUAAAAUAUCCAAAGUGAUUACAUAUAUAUCAAUAAAAUGUCUCGUGGUUUUUUUUUUAAGAACAUUCACAGAAAAAUCAA